GCGCGGUGACGUCACGCUGACCUCACCAACAUGGCCGCGGCUGGGUCCGGUCGCGUCGCUUCCGCUUUGAGGAGAGUGGGAAGUUGUUUGUUGAACUCAGUUUCUAUCGCACAGGUGAAGACGAGCGGCGACAAGAUGGAGUCAGAGAGACCGACCAAGCUGGAGUUCGCGGUGCAGAUGACGUGUGACAGCUGUGCACAGAGAGUCCGAGCGGCUCUGGAGGGGCAGCCUGGAGUGAGGUCUGUCAGCGUGGACGUGGGCCGGGAGGAGGUGCUGGUGGAGUCGGCUCUCACCAGUGCGGAGGUGCAGGCUCUGAUUGAAAGCACCGGGCGCAGGGCGGUGCUGAAAGGCAUCGGAGGAUCAGAGCAAGAUCUGGGUGCAGCGGUGGCCAUGCUGGCUGGUGCAGGACAGAUCCAGGGGGUGGUGCGUUUCCUGCAGUUAUCGGAGGAGCGCUGCCUCAUAGAUGGGACCAUUGAUGGUUUGGAGCCCGGACUCCACGGCCUCCAUGUCCACAGCCUGGGAGACCUCACACAGGACUGCAGCAGUUGUGGAGAUCACUACAACCCCUUGGGAAGACGGCACGGUGGUCCAGGAGACGCUGAGAGGCAUGUCGGGGAUCUGGGGAAUGUUGUGGCUGGACCCAGCGGCAGAGCCUCAUUUAGACUGGAAGACAAUCAGUUAAAGGUUUGGGACGUGAUUGGCCGAUCGCUGGUCGUGGACGCGGGCGAGGACGACCUGGGCCGGGGGAGGCACCCGCUCUCCACACAGACAGGAAACUCUGGGGAAAGACUGGCCUGUGGGAUCAUCGCUCGAUCUGCUGGCCUCUUCCAAAACCCCAAACAGAUAUGUGCCUGCGAUGGCGUCACCCUGUGGGAGGAGCGAGACCGUCCGAUAGCCGGGAAAGGUCGAAGCAAGGCGGAGACGCCAGCAGCUCACCUGUGAACCUCGGGCACAAACGCUGACGCGAGCUUGAGCAGAAAGAGAGAAAGAAGACGCAGAGCUGAGGCCGAGACGUCCGAGCACUGAGGAGAAUUCCAAACCCUUUCAAAGACAAUCAAAGAAAAUAAAUCAUUUUUCUCUGUGAUGAAAUCAAACGCUGCUGCUCCCUCUGAGGGUUUCAAAUGCACUAACGCUAAAGAAAACCGGUCGGGACUGUGACAGUCCCCUCUGCUGAGCUAGAUGUCCAUUAAUGCUGUUUCCUGUUUGACACAACUGUCUCAUCACCAUCUAGAUGGAUGUGAGGUGUCUGUUUGGUCCUGGUGGAGACAAACGCCCUCAGUUUGCUAUUAAAGUGUCUAAUUUAAUUACGCCCGCCUCCUAAAACGAGCAGGAGUCAUAAAAGCCCUUCCUCUGCCAACACGGGGUUUGUUCAGCUGUGGAGCAGAGAGUGGAUAUUCACCCCGAGCCUGACGGGACAGAAGGUUUUAAUGAUAUCUGGGUUCUGUCAGGUUGGAUGAACGAUCUUCUUGAUGAUUUACUCUGCACGUGCCUGAAAUCUGUGGAAACAACGGCCCAGGUCGGGUUUGGACGCCUGUUGGGUUCGGCUCAGGCUCAGUUAGUUUCUCUCAGGCAGAAGACUGCGUCCUGAGCUGAACUCUCCUGCGAUUAUGUGGAAACACUUUGGAGUAGCUCAGCUGAUUUGGACAAAAACUAAUUAUGAUUUGGUGUAAAAUAAAUUAGGAAACAUUAUUUACUAAAUAUUUUGGUUGUCAUACUUAACAUUUUCCAGCAGUUUGGUAGAAUUAACAUGAAAAUCCAUGUUGUAAUGAAUCCAUGCUGUUUGCAUUGGGGUAAGAAUUCAGGAUUAUUUCCACUUAUUGGGUUUGUUUUGUCAAAGUAGCUCAGUCGGGGCUUGUUCACUUUCAAUCCAUGAGGUGGUGUGAGGGCCUCGGGUAAAGCGAGGUUAGGAGGAGCUCAGGGGAGAGAGAGUCAAAUUCCAUCCGGAGUGAAAGGGCAAGAGGGUAAAGGUUUGAGGGGGGGGGGGUAAAGUGCUCAGCUGUUCUUUCAUCGUGGAGUCUGAGCCAACUGUUGCUUCUGGGCUUUAGAGCCUCAAAGUGAAGGAAGCAGACACAUUCUUCUUCUCUCUCGUGUUCCAUGAUUUGAAAUGUGUUGGAUUAACCCUGGUGGAGACGUCCAUGUUGGGACAGCGGCUGCACCACGCUGGCUCUGUGAGCGUCCAGCAAGUUCUGCAUUGAUUUGAUUUUCAGAUGGAGCAUCGCUCUAGUUCUGGUGGUGCCUGGAUACGUUUACUGCAUUUCCAUUUCUGUGUGAGGGCAGUGACGGCAACGUGAAUGUAGGGGCCGCAAAAUACAGAUUUAAAGAAUAAUAAAAAUGUAGUAAAUGCCUUUCGGAGUUUCUUGCUUUGUAUGUCUCAAUAUUUCCAGGUGGUGAUGAUAUCAAAUAAAUCUUUACAUUUGAAAAACUGGAA